ACAUUUCAAUUUCGAUAUUACUCAGAGUCACAAUCGCUCAGCCCCCUUGCUCAAGCAGCAAGCGCCUGAUACGAGGAGCUAGGGUUUCUACGCAAUUCUAAUCCUUCAAAACCCUAAAAAUCCAGCAAGAAAACACGGAAAGCAACGAUUUCUGUUGGUCAUAUCAGGUUCGUAGUUCGAGAUAGAUAUAAAAGAGCUACAGAAAGGAUUUAGAGCAAUGGAUGGUGGUUUUACCGAACAUUACGACGCUUUUAAUGGCGAGGAAGAACAACUACAGUACGACGAGGAACAUGUCAGACAACAAUUGUCGUCGGCGCGUGAUGGAAUCGAUUCAUUCAAUGGCGCAGGGGAUGGCAUUAGCACUGACGACUUCCAUCGUGAUUCUUCUUCGCGAAAACUCUUUGUUGGAGGCAUUGCUUGGGAGACAACUGAAGAGAGGUUCACAAGUUACUUCUGCAAGUUUGGAGAAAUCACAGAUUCUGUGAUAAUGAUGGAUAGGUUCUCUGGGAGACCGCGAGGUUUUGGCUUUGUUACUUUUGCUGAUCCAGCAGUUGCUGACAAGGUUCUGGAAGAAGACCAUGUUAUAGAUGGCAGAGUGGUGGAAGUAAAGAGGACUGUCCCUAGGGAGGACAUGCAGGUAAAAGGUGUACAAAAGACAAAGAAAAUUUUUGUUGGGGGCAUACCACCAUUUCUGACUGAAGAUGAGUUAAAGGAAUAUUUCUCUUUCUAUGGAAGUGUUAUUGAGCACCAGAUUAUGUUGGAUCGUAACACUGGGCGAUCAAGAGGCUUUGGGUUUGUUACAUUUGAGAAUGAAGAUGCUGUUGAAAGGAUUUUCUCUGAUGGCAAAGUUCAUGAACUUGGAGGCAAACAAGUGGAAAUAAAGAAGGCAGUGCCUAAGAGAGCUGGAGGUGAUUAUGCUAAUGACACCAGGAUGCAUCAUGGCGGCAGUGCUUCAAAGUCAUAUGGUGGCUUCAGCAGUGGAUCAGCCGAAUAUGGAGGUGGAUACAAUGGGAAAAUGGGUAGAGGAGGAUAUGGUGCAUAUGGUGGGUAUGGUGGUUAUGGCAACUACAGUGGAAACUACGCCGCAGGAGCUGCUGCUGCAGCUGGUUUCUACCCUGGAUAUGGUUACGGAUAUGGGUUUUGGGGGCCUAUGUAUGCUGCUGGGGGAUAUGGCGGAAACGGUUAUGGUAAUCCUAGUGUUUAUGGUGGUGGCGAUGGUGGUGGUAAAGGAUAUGGUACCGGUGCUGGUGGAUUUGGUGGUAGUAAAGGACAUGGGAACGGCGGGGGUGCUGCAGCCGGAAGAUUUCAUCCCUACCGGAAGUGAUACAUGGGCAAGCGUCUACCCUACCACAAAAUAAUUGUUCAAAGCAUACCAACUUUGAGUUAACCUUUUGGUAUAGAAUUAUGUCCCUUGUCCCUCUUAUAAAGGGUGAGUUUAAUUGCUUAAUAUUGCAGUUGGGUAUUCUGAGAAUAUGAACUGGGUUGGGUUGGGUUGAGCCUCUAAAACAGUGCUGUAAUUGUUCCGGAUGUUGCGUAUUCUGAUCUGAGGUGCUAGUUUCUUUCAGCAUUCUCUUACUUAGAAGAAGGAAAAACAAAUAUCAGAAGCUGUAGUUUUUAGCUUUGGUAUCAACGUGUAUUAACUAAGGGGUCUGUACAUAGGUGGUUUUGUUGAUUGUUGUACUUGCUAGCUAGCAUUUUGAAUUUAGAAUCUCCAAAGAUAUACUUCUUCUUGUUCAUA